GCCGCUCUUCAGCUUUGCUCUAGUAUUUCUUGCGUAGCAACUCUCAAUCUUUAUAGCGUGACACUUUCUUCCCCUCCUGUUCACUUCUUCCUGUCGCUUCUUGCAUACAAUUCUCUAGAUAUUUUACAAUCCAACAAUGCGCACUACAGAAUGCCCCAUCCAAGGAAACAAUGACCUCUACGGCCUCGGUCUCCGCCUCGGCCUAUAUAUUCAAUUCAUCUCCAUCCUGAUAACCCGCGGACUAAAAAUGCGGUCUGCAGCCCUCCUCCGCAACUCCGCCUUCGUCUUCGUCCUUGCUUCCUUCAGCCUUCUCGCGCGCAUGGUCAACCGCAAAGAAAUCUACGCGCCGGAAGUGCAAAUCAUGAUUUGGCUACUCAUGCCACAGCUCAGCGGCGGUCUCGCUCCCUCAAUGGCGCGACUGCAUCCGCUGGCCACCAAGAUCUGGAUUCUGUUGAUUAGCGGCAUAGUAUUCUUUUUAACUUGGUUUUGGUAUCGUGGAUUGGAUUGGUUGCCAAAGACAGGGUGCAGAGAUGACUAUGUGUUCGUUUUUGCAAAGGUCAGCGUGUAUCACUGGUUUCGCACCUUCUCCAAGGUCAUAUUUACGUUUUCGGCGAUUCAUGCGGGUUAUGCGGCGCUAGUUACAAUCUUCUUCUGGCGCAUUCCUGAUGAAUCCCAAGAAGGCUCCGAUUACUUGGUCUGGCUGAUGGUCGUCGUCUGGCCAAUCUCUAUUGCGGGCUGCGAGAUGACGUUGAAAUGGAAUCACGUCACGGACGUGUACACAUUGCGUUCUCCUAGCCAACUUGUCCCGCUUAUGCUGGGAGUGGGGCAGCUCGUGGAUACGAUUUACCGCGUAGUGCAGAGUAGGGUUAAGGAUGAGGAGGACAGCGAAGAGGAUGAAAAUGAUUAUGUUGCUUGUUCGCACAAGGUUGGAGGCGGGGGGAGGGAUGUUGAGCUUACUCCUUUGCCUCCCUCUUGAAUUGUCCAUUAGCUGAGGGAGACAUUCUAUCCCUGGAGGGACACCUUGUAAGAUGAGUUCGAGUGCGUGUGCAAUAGAUAUUACAUCUCUUGACACAAUGGUAAUAGUCAAAUGGUGCUGGUCUAGCACAUGACUCACAUAAGCACACAACCACCCAAAGCACCAGCACAAGCGCUCUCCAACGCCUCCACCAAGAAACCACAUUAUCUUUUCCAGGAAGAAAAACCCGAGCUAGUGCUGUGGUAGACCAAAGCUCUAUCUAUAAUACCAUCGGUAUCUGAAU